CCCAGACACCCUGCUGUAUCAAUGAGCAGUAGCUGCUCAGAGCGACAUGAUUUGGGAGGGUAAUCAAAAAAAAUAAGGGAAGCCCAAGGUAGAGAGAGGUACAUUUGAUAUGCAGGAAGUGGGAGCGCCGUCUCGUGGUGAUUAGUUGGGGCAGUUCCAUGGCUAGAUUUAUGGCACGCAGCUGUUGAACGCCUGACAGACAUCUGAGGCAAGGGCUCCACCACUGCUACCCCUUUUGCUGCUGCUGCUGCUUCAGAAGAGCUCUGUUUGCUACAGGAGAGGAGAGGAAGCUAGCUGUCUCAGCACACAAAGCAGAUGGUGAGGGAGCAGUAUGUCACAACCACCCAGGACAGCAGUGUCCCUGCCCCUGUCCCUGACUCCAUCUAUAAGAUCGGGAUCUACGGUUGGAGGAAGCGCUGCCUCUACCUGUUUGUCCUGCUGCUCAUCAUCAUCCUCACCGUGAACUUUGCCCUCACCAUAUGGAUCCUCCGGGUCAUGUGGUUUAACACAGAAGGGAUGGGACACCUAAAAGUAACAUCGGACGGAGUGAGGCUUGAGGAUGGCGAGUCAGAGUUCCUCUUUCCUCUCUACGCCCAAGAGAUCCACUCCAGAGAGGACUCCUCUCUCCUAGUGAACUCGUCAGAAAACGUCACCCUCAAUGCCCGCAAUGAAAAUAAUGAUGUCACAGGAAGUCUCUCCGUAGGUCCAGAUGUGGCCCAGGGAAAUGCACAGAACUUUGUCAUCAGCUCCAACACCAAGACGCUGUUUUCUGCAGAUGACAAAGAGGUGGUUGUUGGGACAGACAAGCUCCGUGUCACAGGUCCAGAAGGUGCCUUGUUUGAACACUCUGUAGAGACGCCCCUGCUCAAAGCUGAGCCCUUCAAAGACUUGAGGCUGGAGUCUCCAACCCGCUCUCUCAGCAUGGAUGCACCAAAGGGAGUCUUUGUCAAAGCACUGGCCGGGAACAUCGAGGCUGCAUCUAACAUGGAUGUUCUAUUGCACUCCAGUGAAGGACUGGUGAUUCUGGAUGCCGAGACGGUGCGUCUGCCUAAUCUCCCCCUGGGACAAGGAGGGGUGUCUGGAAACACUCAGGGACUCUACGAAGUGUGUGUUUGUCCCAGCGGAAAGCUGUUCCUGUCCAAGGCCGCGGUCACCUCCACGUGCAGCGAAAGCCAAGAGUGCUAGUGAGUGUCUUUGGCAUCUGAUUAUUCCCUGGUGAAUGAAAAUGCCUUCAUAUUGGGUACUCUGAAACACUUUCAUAGGAAUCCUCAAAAAGGCACUUUUCAUAUCUGAACAACACUGCCAGUUGAACUGCAGACAUAUCCUCCUAAGUAAUUAUUCCAUGGUUCAUUUUAUUGAUGGAAGUUACAUUUGAGACUAUUUUACUAUGUAACUAAACAGUGACAUGACAACUUUAUACCGUAUAGUUGUUGAUACCAUCUUAUGUUUACACUGAUUGAGAUGAUUGUUUAUUUUAUAUAAUUAUGGUAUUAUGGCUGGGCAAUGAGGAGCUGGUUAACAGAUUACAUCCUAUGCAAUAUGUUUUUUGUGAUGCAAUAAUAUAGGACAUUAUGUGUGCCAGGAUUUUCCUGGACCCAGAUGAAGCCUAGUCCACCAUGGAGAAUCUCCCAUUGAAAGUGAUUUUUAGUGUAGGCUUAAUCUGAGGCCGGAAAACCGGCCCUUAGUGGAUUCAUAUGUUGUGCAUGUGGCUAGAAAAGCAUGAUAUGAUCUAGUCUGUAGAUACACUGAGGAAUACCUUCCUAAUAGUUUUGAUACACACGGGAAACUGUUGUGUGAAAAACUUAGCAGGGUUGCAGUUCUUGAC